AUGGCCAAGCGGUGGCGCGGCCUCAGGACGGCAAUCCAAUCGCCACAAUCGGCAUUAUCACCACCGCAAGCAUUUCAUUCUCAAUCUUCACGUUUCCUCGCAAUCCAAGCAACACCUCGAGAGGCUGCAGGCAGCAGAGUAUCAGCUAGAGACAGAGAGCAAGGGAAGAUAUUGAAUUUGGUGUUUGCUUUGGCUGAUGAUGGAACGGAAAUGAAAGUUGACGUGCCUGUUGUUCUCGAAGGAGAAGAAAAUUGUCCCGGUCUUAAGAAAAGUAAACAUGCAUUACUUCAUGUUGAGAUGGAUGAAAAGACAGGGAAGAUAUUGAAUUUGGUGUUUGCUUGGGCUGAUGAUGGAACGGAAAUGCAAGUUGACGUGCCUGUUGUUCUCAAAGGAGAAGAAAAUUGUCCCGGUCUUAAGAAAGGGUACAUGGCCAUAAACCUUCAAGCAUUUCAAGUGAGAUACGCAAGUCCUUUUGUUGUCGGAAUGAUCCUCCGACCAAGACCGCGCAUUAGGAUUCGCGCUUAUCUUCUUAAGUAG